AAUCAACUGAAAAAAAAAUUAUGUCAAGCUCAAGUGUGUUUUUAUAUGAUGGUAUUUAUGAUGAAACUUGCGAUGAACCCUAUGAUGAACCUUAUAAUGAACCUCUCAAUGAAUCUUACAAUGAACCUCUCAAUAAAUUUUAUGAUGACCCUCUCGAUGAACAUUGUGAUGAACUUCAUAAUGACAAUACUACUCAAGAGCUAACAAAUAUGACCUGUUUGGAUGAAGUUGGGGAUGAUGAAUCAUUACCUUCAACUGAAACUACUAUAACUCAUAAGUAA